GCGAGGCUCGGAGGGGAGGGAAAGGGGCGGACGGCGGAGGGGCGGCGGUGGAAUCGCGAGAAUCGAUUCUCGCGCCCGCCUCGUGACGCUGCCGCGCCGUGCGGCAGUCGCCGCUUCCACCCGCCCGGUAGCGACUACGUCACACAGCGGACUUCGCGCGGGCACCGCCGCGCAGAGGGCGCACGGAGCCGGCGCCAUGCAGCCGGGCGGCAUCGCCUCGCCGGCCCUCGUCAGCUUCUGCGUCUACAACCCCGACUUCGGGCCGCGUGAGGGCGAGGAACACAAGAAGAUUCUGUACUAUUACCCUUCCGAAGUCAACAUUGACGAUAAAAUCCGAAGUGUGGGACUGUGUGAAGCCAUCGUCCAGUUCACAAGGACGUUCUGCACGGAGGAACCGGCGCAGGCACUGCACACGCAGACGAACCGACAGCUCUUCCUCGAGGCCGAGGAGAACUUCUGGAUGGUGAUGGUGGUGAGUAACCCCACGUUGGAGAAGCAGGAGAAGGAUGGACCACGCACGCGCGAGUACCAGGAGGAGGAGCUGCUUGACAAUGUCUACAAAGCUGUCCUGCAACAGAGUUACAGCAUGUACAAGCUUUUCAAAGGGACGUUUGAGACGGCCUUGGCUGCAGGUGGAGUGGAGACUCUCAAACGUCGUCUGCACGAAUUCUUCUCGCGCUACCUGCCUACGCUGCGCCUGGCGCAGUGCGACCUGCUGGACGCCCUGGGCGGCAUCACGUUCUUCCCGCUGGACAAGAUGACGUACCUCAAGGUGCAGUCGUUUGUCAACCGCGUAGAGGCCGCGCUCAGCGCCGUGUCCUGCACGGCCUUCCUGUACCACGAACAGCUCGUGUGGAGCGGCUUGGAGCAAGAGGACAUGCGGAUCCUCUACAAGUAUCUCACCACGUCGCUGUUCCCCAGCACGGUGGAGGCAGAGCUGGCAGGGAAGGAAUCUCCCAUUCGCAGCGGCAGCCCCACGAACCCGCAGCACUACGGCAGGUUCCUGCUGGGCCCCAGCAGCCUGUCGGAGCCGGGCGGGUCGGUGCGUGUGCCCCGCAUCUUCGUCACCACCAACACAGCGCCCCAGGAGCUGCACCUCAUAGUCUACAAGGCGCUGAGUGCGGCCGUGUGCUUCAUGGUGGACGCCUCCGUGGAUCUCACCAUCGAUUACUUCCGGGAGCUGGACCGGCUGGUGGGUCCGCAGCUGACGCUCCUAGCCUCCGACAUUGCGGAGCAGUUCACGGUCAAUCGGCGCGCCGCGUCCGACAAGGAGCCACAGUUCAAGUUCAUUUACUUCAACCGCAUGAACCUGGCGGAGAAGACGACGCUGCACGGGCGGCGCGCAGCGCACGCUGUGGCGCCGGCAAACGCGCCGCCCGAGCUCAUGCGCAUCUUGGGGGACGUGCACGGCGACUUCACCAGGGCCAGCGAGGACGAGGAGGUAGUUGUGAAGGCCAUGUCCGACUACUGGGUGGUGGGGAAGAAGUCUGACCAGCGCGAGCUCUACAUCAUCCUCAGCCAGAAGAACGCCAACCUCAUCGAGGUCAACGAGGAAGUGAAGAAGCUGUCUGUCACCCACUUCAGCAAUAUCUUCUUCCUCGACUGAGGAGGCCAGCGUUGGAUGUGGAACGCCGCUGCCCUUUGCAGCGAUGCGGACGUCUCCUUGCCGCCGCUGUACGGCGGUGUCCUCGCCGGGCGAGCGGCUUCACUUGCACCGGGCCAUUCACUCAACAAACAUCACGGGUACAUCAGACAGGGGAAUCCACACAAUUAUCAUCUGUAGAUUGCAAGGAACCCCAUCAUAACAAAAGCUCGUAGCCUUAUCUAGACCACCAACUCAAAAUAACUGUUUGGCAGUUUUGUGGUUGAGAACCACCAACUCAAGGAGCUGAGGGAAUGUGGCCGUCCCAACAACGUGCAGCUGCGCAGUGUGCACGAGUGCAGAGAAGCGGCGCCCGUCGCCCGUGCGGCACAGCGGCACGGGCGCCACUCGCGGAGCCGCGUCGCCCGCUCGCUCGCCACCUCCUUGCCCCCCUCCCCUGCCCCCCCAACCAUUACGUGGACUAUCACGAUUCGGGGCCACCCCCAUUUGUGUCAAGGAUUAGUUCGUGUCCAUUUUUGUGUCUUGCUUAUUCCGCCUAGUUCUCUCCAUUGGCCCAGCUGUAGAAUGCACUGCAGUUUCUUCAAUGACAACAGAAUGGUCCUCUCACGCACUCGCUCGUUUGUCGCGGUGUUGCGUGGCCCACGGAGACAUUGCUCUGAUCACCAAACCCUUCCAGUAAACUAAACUAUAAUUUAAGGUUACAUUUUAUGUUUAAAAAAAAAUAAUAAUCACAGGUUGCUAGAACCUGGAUUCAAACCCCGGGUCUCAGCGGUGUUAGCUCAGGGCUCUGGCCUCUGAGCCACCCGGCCAUCUCUAUUUUUGAGCUAAUUAUGAAGGUGAAGUGAGCUGGUAAUUCAGCAACGUUGCAGAUAAACUUCUCUCUACGAUCAUGAAUAAUACAACUUCAAACCUUAAAUACAUGGGUUUGCUAAAUGAGGUCUUUGCUAUACAGUACUUGAUUUAAAAGGACCCGUUCACUCGUGUAAAUAAAAUGCUGCCAUAUUAAACUCAAGUUAAUUCCGAGCUUUGUUGUAAACCACGGUGUCUGUCGAUCGUCUUCAUCAGGCGGAGAAAAAAGAGGCGGAAAGCCUCCAAAUGCGACUGCUUCUAAGGGAUUUCAAAGUGAGCAAAGCUGUGUGGCGUAAACAGCAUGGGCAGGGCAGCCAGUG